GGUCGAUGAAGUUUAGAUGCUAAAAAAAAUCUGCUGGCUCCCGAGAUCGAGAACGCGCUCUGAGUCGCUUCCCCAGCAUGUGUUUACUCCUAAAAGUUCCUGUCACUGUACUAGCAGGAAUAUGUCUGCUGUAACGCCUCCUGUAAAUGGCCGGCAUGUUUCUCAUCGACGUGAGUUAGAAGAGCUACCAACGGAAAACCGGAGAAGACUGCAUAUUCCUCCGCCUGUCCAGAGUGGAAGGCAGGCACCACUGCACAGCCAGCGGCACCGGACUGAUGUCAGCCAGAACCGCCCUCGAACUGAUCCCAGUGCAACAUGGUCCCGCACAGAUGACCCCAGUACCAGAGAGCCUCUGUUGGACGACUGUGAGCGAAUGGGGACUCUGUUUGGUUCGCUCAACAAGUGUCUGCGGGGAAUGGGCUUCAGCCAGAUGUACUUUGGGGACAAAAUAGUGGAGCCUGUCGUGAUCGUCUUCUUCUGGCUGCUGCUCUGGUUCCUGGGCAUCCAGGCCUUAGGACUGGUGGGAACUCUGUGUAUUAUCAUCAUCUACAUCCAGAAGUAAUGUUGAUGAUUUGAGUGAUGCUUGCUGAAACUCUGCAGGAGCCUGUACUUAUACACUCUUGGUGAUUUAUGAUGCUUUAUAAUUCUGCAAGUGAUUGUUCAUCUGGAGCCUUCACUUGCUUUCCACAGUUGAUGCAAACAAUGGAGACUGAUUAAAGAAAAAAAAAAAACAGCACAGAGUCAGAUUAAUGGAUUUGAUCGUCUACUGCAGAGGAGGCUGCGUCAGUUUGGGGUAUUUUUGUGGCUGGUUUGAUUGCAUGCACAUUUAUAUUCAUGUACAUUUUUGGGAGAAAUAUUAAAUGAAUCCCACAAACAUGAUUCACUAAUGUUUGCAGUGCACAGUUCACUGUGAAUUGUGUUGAAUUUAAUACUGGAAGUGUCUCAUUUUGGGCCUGAUGUGGUUGUGAUGGUGUGUCUUUAUUUGGACAGAGAAGGGCUGAUUUAUCGAGUGCAUGAGUGAUGUAGAGGCCUUCAUGCUGUGAGCACAGUAGCUGAGCUCUGUCUCAUCGUGCUUCACUGAGUCCUCACUCGGCAUCCACACAUUUCUGCAUCAGAGGGACAGAGGAGGAGAAUCCCGAUGCAUGGAAGUUACAGUGGCCUGAUGGGCUUCCAGUGUUUCAAAGAUCAUUCCACAAUGACACAAUCUGUUGUGUGUUUUCUCAGUCUGCACAAAUAUGGCAACUGUUUUCUUUCUUUCUGGUUUUACAGUUGUUAUGAAGCAAAUUGUCACAUUGGAAAUUACAUUUCAAUGAUGUCACGAUGUGAGUUCACGCAUCGAGUGUGACGAUAUGGAAUUUUGACUUUGAUGCAUACCUGCACCCUCACACUGCCUGCUGAAAACAAACAGUGUUGUGCAUAUUUAAAAGUAACAGUAACAUGAACAACUUAGCUGUUAUGCUCAGAUUUCAGGUUUAUAUGGUGGAAUUGUAAUAACAGCGCCCUCCUCUGGUUGAAUCCUGCACUACACCUGGCCUGUCAGAUUUAUGCAGAGAAUAGCUGUCAGCCGCCAUGACCACACAGUGCAUUGUCCGUUCUAACAGAAUUUGCCUUGAUAUCAUUUAUCUAAAUUGCCAUUGAACUUUGAACUCCCAUCAGCGCAUUUGAAGAAUUAAUCGGUCAUGCUAAUAGUAAACAGUCCAUAAUCCCCUGAUAUGGUGUCAUUGCCUGAAACACCUUUAGUCUCCUUUGCAAUGAUUCUGCAGGAUUUUAUUAGAUGGUUAAAUUUAUUUGAAUAGAUUUAAAGUGAAUAUCAUUAAUGGAGUGCUGUCAUCCACCCACACUAUGUGGCAAUGUUGGAACAGCGAGAGCUGCAUAGUAUGACAUGCAUGCUGCUAUGAAAAGGAGAGCAAAGAAGAGACACUGAAAAGUUUAUUUCCCACCUCCAGGAUGACAAGAAGAGAACACACAGUUCACCACAAUGUAAUCAGUGUACUUAAGAGCAAGGCUAUCUAACUGAGCAGGUAAUGAUUUGAGUGGUUCUGGAGUUUUUUUCUUUAACUUGAAAGUGGUUCAUGGAAAAAUUAAGCUAGCAUGAUACACUGGCUAACUUUGAGGACAGUAGAACCAUAUAACUCCUGCCCCACGCAGCUGAUCAGAGCCACUGCAUGGUCUCUCUGUGGGCAGUCGAGUAGUGUCCUUUCACCUCAGUCUUCCCCUUUGUGUUUGCUGGUGUAGUAGAGCCACUGUGAACAUCAGGCCAGGAUUUUAGAAGUUCCUAAACUGGAACAAAUAAUUUACUGCCAUUCUAAAUGUGAUAAUGAAGAUAUCGUUAUUUUGUUAAACAUAAGUGUGUGACAGCGUGUUCAGCUGAAAUCCUAACAUCAUACACUUUAAUGUGUGCUGUGCAAACUAAUCUGUGAUCUCUCGGGUUUCCAAAGAGAAGUACUGAAAGUAGCCAAAAGCUGAAUGCUUAAAACA